AUGGCUCCCGAUCUCCAGAACUACGAUGAAGAGCAAGUGCGUCUCAUGGAAGAGAUGUGUAUUGUCAUUGACGAGAAUGAUAAGCGUAUCGGUGCCGAUUCGAAAAAGACUUGUCAUCUGAUGGAGAAUAUUCACGGGGGACUUUUGCAUCGUGCUUUCAGUGUGUUUCUGUUCGAUUCGAAAAACCGUUUAUUGCUUCAGCAACGUGCGUCCGAGAAGAUCACCUUUCCUGACAUGUGGACCAACACUUGUUGCUCGCACCCGUUGAACACGGCUUCGGAAUUGGUCGAAGAGGACCAACUCGGUGCUCGUACGGCUGCUCAACGUAAAUUGGAACAUGAACUUGGCAUCAAGCCUGAGCAAGUGCCCCUUGAUCAAUUCAAAUUCCUUACGCGUAUCCAUUACUGUGCUCCCAGUGACGGAUUGUGGGGCGAGCAUGAGAUUGACUACAUUUUCUUCAUCAAGGCCGAUGUGGAUCUUGAAGUGAACCCGAAUGAAGUGCGUGACGUUACUUAUGUGACCCCUGAAGGACUUAAGGAAAUGUUUAAUGAUCCCAACAUUCCAAUGACACCCUGGUUCAAGUUGAUCUGCAACUCUUUCUUGUUCAAAUGGUGGGCAAACAUUGAUAACAUUGAAAAAGAGAAGGACACAGAAACCAUUCAUCGUUUGGGAUUUUAA